AUGUCGGACGCCAGCGGGGGCGAUGCCGAACAAAUUCAACAGCGACAGAUUGAGCUGGACAAUAAGAUUGAUUCAUUUUCAAGGUAUGUCAAUUUUGUUUUGUUGUUUGGUUUUUAGCGCUUUGCGAUAUUGUUCAUGAGGACUUGGUUAUGGGUAUCGUGUUUUCAACGAAUUUUAAAGGUUUUCGGUCGGGAAAUGAGUUGAAAGCUAAAAAUAUAUAAAUAAGGUCACUGUCAGUUGAUUUAAAAAAAGAAUGAUCUUUUUAUUUUUGUUAUACUAGGAGUUAUAGCAGUUUUUCAAAAAGAGCUCAUGUAUAAUAUGAAAUUAUAAAAAGAAAGCUCGUAUCUUCCUGAAUAAAACAUAUAUUCCAGUUUGAACUACACAGACUACCACGCCUCAUCUAAAACUCAUGUGAAAGAAAAAGCAGCCUUGUUUAAAGUAAGUUACACUGCGUUUUAUUUUUUAUGUCUUUAGGCAUUGUCACACUUCGAAGAUGGCUUGGUAGAAGAGUUAGAUAAAGCUGAUAAUUAUGAGCAAGAUCAAGAAAAAUUGGCCAAGAUCUACACACAUCUAGGCCAUGUUCAUUUAUUGGCAUUGGAUUGGGUUAAAGCAUUGUCGGCUUAUCAAAAGGCUUAUAAGUCGAUGGGUAACAAGUUCUCUAAAGACGAAUCAUGUUUGUAUGGGCUUGGAUUGGCUUUCUUUCAUUUUCGAUUGUACAAACCGUAA